AGAGAGAGAAAUUGGUCCAGCAUCGCUGGAGGGAAGCGGAGCGGAUGAGAGAAACACACGGUCCUCACGAGCAGGAUGAGCAGGACUUAGCUCACCGACUGUUUCCCCAGCACCAGGCACAAACUGGAUGUUUAAAGACCGAACCUCGCCGUCUGCCAUAGAUCAGCGCGGAGAUCUGACUGUAUUCUAUCAAUGAGAUCUGCGGAGUGGCUCUGCCGCUCGGUGGUAACGCAGAAAAACACAAGAUGAAGAAGCAGUUCAACCGAAUGAGACAGCUCGCCAACCAAACAGUGGGCAGGGCUGAAAAAACAGAAGUAUUAAGUGAAGACUUGCUACAGGUGGAGAAACGUCUGGAGCUGGUCAAGCAGGUUUCCCACAGCACACACAAGAAGUUGACCGCCUGUCUGCAGGGCCAGCAGGGUGUAGAUGUGGACAAGAAGGCUGUCAGGUCACCGUCGAAAAAGCUUCCUCUCACAACACUAGCACAGUGUAUGGUGGAUGGGGCGGCGGUGCUCGGAGAUGAGUCUCUACUAGGGAAGAUGCUGAAGCUCUGUGGUGAGACGCAGGAGAGACUUGCGCAGGAGCUCAUAUUGUUUGAGCUCACCAUCGAGAGAGACGUCAUCGAGCCUCUGUAUGAGCUUGCGGAGGUGGAAAUCCCAAAUAUCCAGAAACAAAGGAAACAUUUAGCGAAACUGGUCCUGGACAUGGACUCUGCACGUACACGGUACUAUCAAUCCAGCAAGUCUUCAGGACUGUCCAGCAACCUGCAGUCAACGGGAGCCAAGGCCGACCACCUCAGGGAAGAGAUGGAGGAGGCAGCCAACCGCAUGGAGAUCUGUCGAGAUCAGUUAUCAGCAGACAUGUACAGUUUUGUGGCCAAAGAAAUUGACUAUGCAAGCUACUUCCAGACACUGAUAGAAUUCCAGGCAGAGUACCACAGGAAAUCAUUGGAGCUGCUUCAAAGUGUUCUGCCCCAGAUUAAAGCUCAUCAGGAGACCUGGGCGGAGAAACCAUGCUAUGGGAAACCAUUAGAGGAGCACUUAGCGCUCAGCGGGAGAGAUAUUGCCUUUCCCAUCGAGGCCUGUGUCACCAUGCUGCUGGAGUGCGGCAUGCAGGAGGAGGGUUUGUUCCGAAUCGCUCCCUCGGCCUCCAAACUCAAGAAGCUGAAGGCAUCUUUAGACUGCGGGGUGUUGGAUGUUCAGGAGUACUCUGCAGACCCGCACGCCAUCGCAGGUGCUCUGAAGUCCUACCUGCGGGAGCUUCCUGAGCCAUUGAUGACCUUUGAACUCUACAAUGACUGGAUCCAGGCAUCAAACAUUCAAGAUCAAGACAAGAGACUUCAGGCUCUCCUCAAGGCCUGUGAGAAACUACCCCACGCCAACAACAACAACUUUAAAUAUUUGAUCAAAUUCCUCUCUAAGCUGACUGAGUACCAAGAUGUGAACAAGAUGACGCCUGGAAACAUUGCUAUUGUGCUCGGACCGAACCUGCUGUGGACCCACGAUGAAGGGAACAUCACAGAGAUGAUGACGACAGUGUCCCUGCAGAUCGUCGGCAUCAUUGAGCCCGUUAUCCAGCACGCCGACUGGUUCUUCCCCGGUGAAAUUGAGUUUAACGUCACAGGGAACUACGGCAGCCCCGUCCACACUAACCACAAUGCCAACUACAGCUCCAUGCCGUCUCCAGACAUGGAUCAGCUCGAUCGUAAGCAGAACGACCAGAGUCGACGGCCGCUCAGCGUCGCCACAGACAACAUGAUGCUGGAGUUCUAUAAGAAAGACGGCAUUAGGAAGAUACAAAGCAUGGGUGUCAGGGUGAUGGACACUUCUUGGGUGUCGCGCAGGGGCUCGUCGUCUACGCGUAAAACCUCUUCCACGCCACCAGGCGUGCAUCCCCCUGUCCCGCCCACUGACGCCCUCAUCCCCGAGCAGCCUGGGGAAUUCUCUGCCUCCCCCUCCCCCACCCUUCCUCCCACUAGCAGCGACCGAGCCAGCUCGGAUGAUGCAUCCUCCAAUUGGUCGGACUCCUGUUACGCCUACCCCUCCCCUGAGGAGGAGAGGCCGCCUCCCCCUUACCCCUCUUCCCCAUCUUCCUCCUCCUGCUCCUCUUGCUCUUCCCACUCGCUCAGUCACCACCAUUUCUACAGCUGUGCACCUCCGGGUAUGCGUCCUGUUGCUCCCAGCCCUGAAACCGUGCCUCCUGGCCCGUCCCCUCCCCUGCGCCGCUCUGGCUACAGCCCACCCCUGCUCCCUCGCUCCCUUUGCCCAUCCCCUCAGCAGCUUGAUGUCAACUCCAACCCCAAACCCAGCUGCCUGCACCUGCCCAAACAAGCCUCCCUGUCCGACACUCCGCAUGCGCCCCCAUCCGAAACGAACGGCUCCACCCUUUACAUCAAACCCCCCCUCGUUCUCACUCGUCACGAUCUGUUCCUGGGCUCCCCCAGACCCCCCAACACUCCCUUAUCUGUCCCCCCUCCACGGGCAGCCUGUGCCUGUGUCCGAGAGAGAGGAGCCAAGCUGACUAGUACUCUGAAGAACAAGGAGCUUUCUCCAGUGAUCGGACAGAAAGGAAUCCAGGGAACAGGGACCUCUAGUGGACAGUCGCAGCACUCGGAGCACAGCCCACACUCCCUGAGGAGAGCAAAGAAGCUGGCACCAAUCCCCCCUAAAGCCCCUUACUGCCAGACUGGAGCCAUGUCCGACCAGUCGACAGGUCAGCCAUCUCCAGUCAGCCUGUCGCCCACUCCGCCCAGCACCCCCUCCCCAUAUGGCUUCAGCUACCCACAGGGAUACGCCACCAUUGGCUCCCCAGGUCAGGCCCAGGCGGCAACCACCCCGUCUCUCUCCUCUCCACCCUCAUUGGCUGGGACUCUCACUAAGACCAGGCCGACGCCCAAGCCGCCCCGGCAGAGGCCCAGCUUGCCUCCUCCUCAGCCCCCCACCACACCUGGCACCAGUCCCCAGCCUCUGGAGCACUCGACAGGUCUUCUGGAUGGUUUGUCUCCUGGGGAAAGCAUGUCCACAGAUUCUCUCUGCACCUUGGACAUCCCCACCAUUAACAUGGAACUGGACGAUAUUUUUGACUUGCCUCACAUCAGCCCCUUAAGGAACUCAGUGGCACUGCUCGAGUCGACCAAUGACAGAGCAGAGUCAGAGUCAGAGGAGGAGGCUGAAAGCACAGUGCUAUGACUCCACUGGGAUCCUCCGCCGGCUGAUUAAAUGAAACACAACGUGACAGCUGCACCGUGUCAUUUAAAACACGUUCAUUCCCUGACCUAUCACCUCUCCAGCUGGAUCACAUCAGCAUCACCGGCCACUCUGGAUCUCACGUCACAUCUCACCUGUUCUCGAUCCAGAUGGGCUCACCUGUAAAAGCAAGCUCUUCUAUACCAUAAAGCAACAGAAAAUAAGGUCCAUGCAACAAAAAUAAAUCUCCACACUUGCAAUCAGGUGAGGUGUUAGCAACAGUGUCAUCAGGGGACAUUUCAUGUUGGCUGGAAACAUGUUUGUUUUUCCUUGUAAUGUUUUUUUUUGCCUUAUUUUAUUCACUUGCAAUAUUGCCUUUAACGUCACUCGACUGGAUGCAGGCUGCUGGGACGAAUGAGUGCUCUUUGCUGCUGCUUCUCAUGAGUGAACCUUAGAAGGAAGAACAACACAGGACUGUACAUCCAUCCUGCCAACACAUAGGCAUUCUUCUUCUUUCUCUCGCUGUUUAUCUCCCAUCCCGGGUUCCUGCUCCGUUCCUCAGGGGUAUCCGGUGAAAUGCCUCGCUCUGGCAUGUGGUGGCAACAACCCCGAAUUCUUUGUCCCACCUGAGCGUUCACUGUGAGUGUGCCAUUAUGAUGAAGGUGUGUGUGUGUGUGUGUUUUAUCAUUGUACUCUGUGAUGUUGCAUCAUUGGUGUCAUGGAGCAUAAACAGGAAUGCAGGUUCUAGACAUUUAGGAAAACAAGUACCAGGUUGCAAAGAGGUUUUAAACAGCCAAUUCCACGUUUCUCUAUAUUUACAUUGAGAUAUCGGUUACUGAAUAUUUAAUUAUACUUUACAUUUUCAGAGUAUAUAAUAUGAUUAGCAUUUUAAAAAAUCAUAUUUUGUAUCCACAGGUGAACUAUAGAGAAAACACUUCCUCAGAAAACAGUCAGUGAUGUCGGGGACGUGUAUGAGAUAGAAUUUGUAGUUUAUGAAAGGUCUAGCGAGCUAAAAUGAAAAGCUCCAUGUGAUUAAUCAUAUUUAUUUUUGGCAGCAAGCAAAGUCACAUGGUGUUUUUCAAAUAAGGAUGGAUUUCAGUUUCAGAAACAGGGAGCUGAAUCCACAGAAAGACAAGAAUGUGCAGGUUCUGGAGCCUGGAGCGUGUCACCAGAACAUUUCCAUACCUUAAAUAAAUAAUUAAAGUCCAGCACUCAGAGCAGGACCAAGAGCUCUGAUUGGCCAGCUAUUAUAUUUUGGCAGGGGCCUGGCCAAUCAGAGUCCACACUGCAGCUUUGUGGGUUAGACUUGGUUUAAAGUUGCCUUGUUGGGUUGUAGCAGACCAGAUGCACACAAACCGUGUACUGUAUGACUCCUAUAAAAUGAGCCUAAUGUUAUGCAUUUGUUGACGUCUAUAGUUUUUUUCACCAAGCAGGAUUUAUCAUCACUGUCAGAAAUUCACAAUAUCUUCAACUCAGAAUUACAAGUCAGGUGCUGAUGUCAGCGGUUUGUCUCAGUCGGCUGCUGUUAAUUAUAUGCCAUGAAUGUAGCACAAUAAAUACACUAAAUCCAGUUCCUUCUUCAAAAUACAUCUAGAAAUCCAUCAGUUUUUCAGAGUUUUCAUUUACAUCAGAGUCUGCUACUAUCAUGCAGGUGUUGUCUGCAAGCGUUAGCGCCACCGUCUGUGGAUCAGGGGGUUAAAACACUGCUUCAUAGCUCUGCUCAUGGCCAAACACUCCAUAAAGUACUUUUAUUGUUUAGCCGUCAUACUGCUUACACACAGUUAGAGCUGUUGUUAAAGGUUUUGUGGUUUUAUUGUGUAUCUUAACAGAUUUUUAGAUUUAUUAAUCAAAUGCUUGUGAUUUAACAGAUAAAAGGCUGCGUUUACUCCGGUGGUGCACUUCAGGCUCCAUAUGGGAGAAUCAUCUCUGGCAAAGUGUUGUCAGAGUGUACAGGCAGCAUUUUGUCCCCCUGCCCUGCGCUGCUAUAACAUCCUGUCCUGCCAGGGUGAAGAACUGAAAACAGUCUUGACACACUCCCAGAAAAAAAGGUGCUAUUUUAUCCAAAAAAAAAACAAACAACAACAACUUGCAGCUCCAGUGUAAAGCAAGCACACUUUUUCUCUGACAGUGUGGUUUCAGUUUCAGCAACCUCCACUUCGCAGCUUAUAGGAACCCUUUCUGAUGAUGCCGAUGUUUUCAGUCUGUUAAUGAACCAGAGGCAAGUGCAAGGAUAUGUGUAUAUGUCUUUAUUUUGAAGAGAGUAUUUAUACAGAUAUAUUUCUGAAUAGUUUUUAUGAGGUCUGGGGAGUUUCCACUACACAUGAUUUUCACCUGAGGAUAAAAAGAGCAUGACAUAGGAACAUGGGACCAGAAAUUCUCUGCUGUCACAUCAAAACCUUUACAAGAAUCACGGGUUCAGUUUCAGGGAAAACUGGGGUGACGAGGCUUGCCUACGACGGUGGGUUUUGUUGUGACCUAUCCAGAUUAUGUCCUGAGAACAUCCACUACACAUGGCCUCGAAGUCACUGUGCUGCUUUACCAUCCUCUUUCUUUUUAAAGUGCGAUAUUAUUCACAG